UGUGAGCCACUGUGCUUGGCCUUUGGGUUUAUUUUUGAGACAGAGUUUUACUCUGCUCAGGCUAGAGUGCAGUGGUGCAAUCUUGGUUCACUGCAGCCUCCACUUCCUGGGUUCCAAGUGAUUCUCCUGCCUCAGCCUCCGAAGUAGCUAGGACUACACUGGCUAAUUUCUUGUGCUUUUAAUAGAGACAGGGUUUCACCAUGUUGACCAGGCUGGUCUCGAACUCCUGACCUCAGGUGAUCUGCCCACCUCCGCCUCCCAAAGUGCUGGGAUUAUAGGUGUGAGCCACUGCGCCCAGGCUUCUUUCUCCAUCUGAAAAUUAUCUCAAUAAGAAAAAACAAUAUGGCUGGGUGAGGUGGCUCACACCUGUAAUCCCAGCACUUUGGGAGGCUGAGGCGGGCGGAUCACCUGAGGUCAGGAGUUCGAGAUCAGCAUGACCAACAUGGAUAAACCCCGUCUGUAUUAAAAAUACAAAACUAGCUGUCGUGGUGGCGCACACCUGUAAUCCCAGCUACACAGGAGGCUGAGGCAGGAGAAUUGCUUGAACUGGGCAGGUAGAGGUUUCGGUGAGCCGAGAUGGCACCACUGCACUCCAACCUGGGCAACGAGUGAAACUCCAUCUCCAAAAACAAAAAAAAAAGAGAAAAACCACAACAUAAUCAUCGAGGGAGUCCCACCGAUGGAUGGAGCUCAGGUCAUUUCCAGUCUUUCCUAACAGGAAGGCAUCGGAUCCCCUGUGCUCUCGAGCAGCUGCUCAUCCAAAGAGCUGUUAGCAGUUUACACCCACACCAACAGCACAGGGUGCGCAUGGGUCACACACCUGUGUGAGGGUUUUCUGAUUUUCCCCCAUCUUGUGGGUGCUUAGGGUCAAGCGCCCCUUCGGACAGCCACUAGCUGUUUGCUUGUUUUUGCAUUCGAAGCUAGGGGAACCGCCUUAAACUUAAAGCACCCAUCUCUCCUCACCGAGCCAAGUGGGAGGGGUUCUGACGAGCUCCCCUGUACCUGUGAGGGGACUGGGCUCACAGGGCUGAGUGCAGACACCUCCAGAGCCCGCAUCUCACUGUCUGCAUCGUGCUAGACCUUACCAUGACCUGGAUGGCCUCCAUCACCCUGUGGGCUUUGACACGCUCACAUCCCCAGGAAGGGGCUACAGUUAUGGGGGUCUCAGUUGGCCUUCCCAAGACAGGCAUCCCUGCCCCCUUGUGUCCCCACCCUUGGCUUUCCCUAGGCCUCUCCCUUUUCCUGUUUUGAAGUUGGCUCAGCCAGGCCCGGAGACAGGGGCAUGAUGUCCUAAUCCUCCAGGCGGAAGCCACCAAGGAGGGUUCCUGUGGACUUGCUCCCUGCCAAGUCACCCUUCCCAGCACUUGCAUCCAUCCCACCUGGCACAGGACACAUGUGGGGAUUCCUGAGUCCCAGCACCCUGACUUAGUGGGGAGGGACUCCACUGGGGGACCCAUGAAGCCCCUGACUCCCGCUCCAGGCAGCAGGCCGGGGUGAACCCCCGCCCUGGCUGCCAGUAUAGCACUCGUAAAUCAGGGGGUGUCUGGGGUGUCGGAAAUGGGUGUGUGGAACGUCGGGGUGGGGUGGGCUGGGGGUGAGCCCUUAUUUCUUAGAAGGGCGGGGUGUGGAGCAGGAGUGGAUGCCUGGAUUCCAGGGCGUAGGAGAUAAGCUGGUGCAGACGUGGGGCCCUCUGGCCGCAGGGGCCGGCAGUGAAGCGGUUAGCUCCCAGCCCCAGCAGGGCAUAAAUUUGGGGCACACCUCCCACCCUCAGGACCUGCCCAUCACAAUGGCUGUAGGGAAGGUCCUUCUGGGCUCUUUGCUGCUCCUGUCCCUGCAUCUGGGACAGGGCUGGGACCCUGAUGCCCGUGGGGCUCCUGUGGCCAAUGGAGAGUUCUCGUCUGAGCAGGUGGCAGAGGCUGGAGGAACCUGGCUGGCCACUCACCGACCCCUCACCCGCCUGCGCCGAGCCCCGUCCGGUCCGUGCCAGCUGUGGAGCCUGACUCUGUCGGUGGCAGAGCUGGGCCUGGGCUAUGCAUCCGAGGAGAAGGUCAUCUUCCGCUACUGCGCCGGCAGCUGCCCCCGGGGUGCCCGCACCCAGCACGGCCUGGCACUGGCCCGGCUGCAAGGCCAGGGGAAAGCUCACGGCGGGCCCUGCUGCCAGCCCACCCACUACGAUGACGUGGCCUUCCUUGACGACCACCACCGCUGGCAGUGGCUGCCCCAGCUCUCGGCAGCUGCCUGCAGCUGUGUCGGCUGAGGGUGCCCAGUCUGGUACCCAGGAGCUGCAGUAUUGGGGAAGCUUGGCUGAGUUCUUUAUUGGAGACCUGGAUGCAGAGACGAGGAUGGGAGUGGGCUGGGGCGACCAGCAAUGAGUGCAAUAAAGGACACCACUCUCCUGGC